AUGCCAAUUGAAGUGCAACCAUUAACAACGGCCGACAUCCCAGGCGCAAUUGAAGUGAUCCAGCAGGCUUUUGCGGAUGACCCAUAUUUCCAGUGGGUGUUCGAUAAUGAGAAGUUCAACAAAGUCCGCAACUAUGGCUCCCUGGAAGCGCGGUGUCUCUGGGGUAUCGGGAACGCCAUCUUCCACGUUGCCGUAGACACAGAUACAGACCCUGCUACAAAAGAAAGCAAAAAGAUCUUGGGCGUCUCAUGCUGGCUUGCGCCUCACCCACCCUCAGAGCCAGAAUCCUGGUAUACCUGGUCCCAGAACUGGGUCUUGUGGUUCCGGCAGGGUCUCAACAACCUCUGGCACGGCGGGCGCGGCGGGCUGAAUAUCCGCCGGUAUUAUAUCUGGAAGGAGAGGCAGGCAGAAGCACAGAAGUCUAUUUGGGAUGAUGAGCGGGGAUACUAUUUCUGUAAUAUCGUUGCCGUACAGCCGGAUGCGCAGGGGAGGGGUGUCGGGAGAAAGCUCUUUGAGGAGGUAACAAAUCUCGCGGAUAAAGAGGGGAUGAGGUGUUAUCUUGAGAGUUCGAGGAAAGAGCCGAACGUCGGGAUAUAUGAGCGGCUAGGGUUUGAGAUGAGGCGGGAGAUGGAAUGUCGGGAUGGGGAGGGGGAGGGUGAGGCUUGUAUGCUUUAUUGUAUGGUUCGUGAGCCGAAGAGCUCUUCAUAA